AUGAUGAAAGGACUCACCGCUCUGGCACUGGCUGGUCUUUUCCAUGGCUCCACGAUAGCUCAUGAUGUAGGAGCGGAAGCAUAUUUCGACCCUGGCGAUGGCGAGGCAUGGGAAUUGAACUAUGGCUAUUACCCAUAUCGAUCUUACCAGACCACCGACCUCAUCUCGCCACAAUUCAGGACGUUAGUCGACUCUCCUGAAUGCCAUGACGACCGACAUGUGUUUUUCACUCCUCGAGGAUUCUCUAUUGAAGCCCCUGGCCCCAUGAUUGUGGAUAGUCAUGGCGACCUUAUCUGGGCAAAGAGUACUGAAGGACAGGCAUACGACUUGACGGUACAAGAAUACAAAGGUGAACAGUAUUUGACGUACUGGGUUGGUGAUGAUCGAGUUCGAGGUCAUGGUGCUGGCGAUUAUUACAUGCUCAACACUGGUUACCAAGAAGUGCACAAAAUCUCGGCUUUGCACGGCAUGGCAGCCGACCUCCAUGAACUCGUAAUCACACCCCAAGGCACGGCAUUGCUCACUGUCUACGAAGUGUACCAACACGACUUGAGCGAGCUUCGUAACUUCGAGGACUGGGAGGAAGACCCUCAUUACAUCUGGGACAGCCUCUUCCAAGAGAUCGACAUUGAGACCAACGAGCUUCUUUUCCAAUGGCGCGCAUCAGACCACUACUCUAUCAACGAGACAUUCAAAUCGAUCGGAGGCACAGGUACCAAGAACGACCCCUUCGACUGGUAUCACAUCAAUUCGGUCGAGAAGGAUGAGUUCGACAACUAUCUUAUCUCCGCACGCUAUACACAUACCGUGACUUACAUCAACGGAACCUCUGGCGACAUCAUCUGGGUUCUUGGUGGCAAGCGCAACAUGUUCAAGGACCUCGACGGUGGAUUUGCUACCAAUUUCGCCUGGCAACACGAUGCUCGGUUGCACUCCAAGACUGAGUUUCCUGAACUCUUCCGAGACGACAUUGCGCUCUUUGGUGCUGACAAAGAGAAGAACGGUGUCACAAAGCAACUAGUCACACUCUUUGACAACAGCGCAGAAGACAUUGAGCAUACUCUGGACUCUUCUCGCGGAUUGAUGCUCGAGGUUACAUAUCCUUCUGCUCACCUACCACGACCCCAGCCUGCCGUUGAUCUUGUCCGACGCAAUGCCGCUGACGCACAAGAUGAUCAGUAUUCAGUGAAAAUAAUCAGAUCCUACAACCAUCCUCAAGGCCCCCUAUCAAGCAGUCAAGGAUCGCUGCAAGUGCUUCCUUCUGAGGAUGAUCACAAAGAUUCAAAAGUGUUCGUCGGCUAUGGAUACAAUGCUCUGUUUUCCGAAUACAGCGCAGAUGGCACUCUGCUUUGCGACAACCAUUUCGCAACCAAUUACUCAUGGGGCAGAGGCGAGGUUCAGUCGUAUCGUGCUUUCAAAUUUGCUUGGACUGGUCGUCCUGUUGAUCCUCCUAGUGCUUUGCUUUCGAGCGAUGGCCAAAUUUACGUCAGUUGGAACGGAGCUACCGAAGUCAAAGGCUGGACCCUUCAACACACUCGUACAUUCCCUGCAGCCGAAAAUGCUUGGGAGAAUGUCCUUCAGAUUGACAAGACUGGCUUCGAGACAGCAAUCAACAUUGAGGACGAAGAGCUUCUGCGUUACAUUCGUGUCAAGGCUGUCGACCAAAAUGGCGUGAUGUUGGGAGUAUCCAGAGAGAUUGACAUGGGCUGGAGCGCUGGCCUGGCAAGCUCCAUGACCCAGCUCAAUACUGUCGAUGUCGCUCCUAUUAAGUUGAUCAUGCUCAUCUGCGUCAACGUCAUCAUCUUAUUUGUUCUUUACGAACUAUGCAGACGUCUCUUUACAUGGCGCCAAACCAGAAAGUGGCGACAGAGAAGGGGUAUCCGCUUGCCCUCUGACGCCUGA